UUUCCACUAGUCUGACUUGCACGUUUAUAACCAUGCCAAAUCAACUGCAUCUUUAACAGGAAAUAAUACAAAAAAGAUUUUAAGAAUAUUUUUUUAAGAAUAUUUGAAGUUCCUUCAAAUUUCUGUAGCUGUAAGGAUAAAACCCAUGGAGACGAAGAGUUUUACCAUGAAUUCCUUCACAACUAGCACAACUACAACAACCAAAGAUAAAACAGACCUUUUGGGCAAUUUAGCACCAUUACUAUAUUGUGUCAUUUGUCUCCUUACCAUCAUAACUAUUCUUCUGCUGGCCUUAUUGCUCAAAAAGUCCUUCAAAAAGUGCAAGGAAAAUCGUCCUGUCUCGAACAUAGAAGGAGGCACUUUUCGCAUGAGUGAUCUUGGAUGUAAUGCGGAUCAUGAAAAUCCUAAUACUGACACUGUCAGUCAGUCAAACGAAGUACAAACCUACACUGCGUGCAAUGAUGAUUCAUCCUCUACUAGUUCUGAGAGUGUGUGCCAUUCAUAUGGAGAUAAAAACAACGACAAUAACCAGCAAUAUAUUAGUUUGCAAACCACUAUACUUCAAAGUGUGGACUAUCAAAAUAUUCUUAAAGGAAAAUCCACCAGUGCAAAUGAUUGUGAAAAAAAGAUGGGAAAGAAAAACAGGGACUACGUAAACAUAGAAGAAAAGAAUAUGUGUUUGACUAAGGGCAGAAGAAGCAAAACCCAGAGGCAUCAAGGAGAACCGGAUGAAAGUCAGACCAGCAGUGAGAGCAGCAGUGACGAGAGUGACGACAAUUCUGUAAAUUACAGCACAGUUGUUUUUAAGGCAGCCACAAAUGCAGUCCAAAGAUAGAAGUUAAUUUGGAUUUCUGCUUUUAAAAAAGGAAAAUAAUGUUUUAUUAGCUUUUGUUUUUUUGGUUUACUGAAUAAUUUUCAAUAGUCAUACACCAGCUUAAUCUUGAUAAUAUUAAAACCCCUGUUUGAUUUGUCAGGCACUUUAGUUUAUAAGGCUUAAUAUGAAUUUUUACCAUAUAUGGGAAAAGAGAUUUAAUUUUAGGUACAGGACCUGAAAAAGGAAAAUGUUUUUUUUUUAUCUGAUAGAUGUAGUCUGUGGUACUGAUUUUUAUCAUAAUAUCCUGUUAGGGAGGAAAAAAAAACGUGCAGCUAAGCGGGUGGCAAGAUAAAAGGCUUUUUCAGUUUUUGUAUUUCUGUUUGCAAGUAGUUAGUCAAUUUCAUGUAUUUUUAAGGUUUAUUUUAUAAACAUUACAAAAUUUAUCAAUCAAACUUCUCAUUGCUAUACAAUUUUUUACCUAACUGUUUUAAGAAAAGAAAUAUAUGUACCAGCUCAGUUUCAGUUGAUUUUUAGGUAGUAUAUUGGAGUAUUGUUUAACAUUAGUAUGCGUGGUAUUUUUGUUUUGCUUUAUUAUUAUAGCAUCAAUAUUAUGAUUAAUAUUCAAUCAUUUUGUUUUUUAAACUGAAUACUUCAUACAGACUUACAAAAAAAUAUAAGCCAGUAAAAAGAAGCCAGUGUUUGUCACAUAUGCUGCAAAAAACAGAAGCAAACUUAGGAUUUAAAGUCUUUCAAUGUUCUCAAACUGUAAAUGUUUCUGAGACUAUCGGUGUACUUUUAAAGGCAAAGUAAAAGUACAUUUCAAAUACUGACUAUUUUACUUAGUUUACUAUUGUUUAAAGCUCUACAUAGGUCAUUGUAUUAGUUUAUAAUUUUUUAAGAAAUCCUUUGCAGCACUUCUUUGUGCGUGCCAUACAGAAAAAUAAUUUUAUUCUAUUAUAGAUUAUUGCAGAGUAUGAAAUGUGAAUGUAUCAGAGUAAAAUGAAAAUAAAAAGGGUGGUUGGCUACUGUUGAUGUUUUUUAUCAUGCUAGUGUAGGAGACGAGAAAAUUAUUGCUGCUAGACAAGUGUUCUGUCUCUCAUGCUUUUUUUUAUGAAAUGUACUAGUUUUUAUAUGACAAAAUGAGAAAAUUUUUAUUUUUUGUUGAGUUUUAAAACAAACAAGUUAUUUUAUUUCUUUUUUUUUAAAUAAAGCAAGAAGUAUUGUAAACUAAUAAAGAAUAUUUUGUGCAUGGAAACUUUGAAUGACAAGGGUGAUAAAAAUCACAAGUACUAAAACCUUAUGUCAGAUUUGUGGCUCUCUAUAUCAGUGUGAAUUUUGUGUGAAUUGUGCACGCCGUCUCUCACAGUUUUGUCACGAAGAAGUCAGCCUGAAGUUGUAUUCAUGGUAAUUUAAGUAUGCUAUUUAGAAUGAACAAUACUGUUGAUUGGAUUUUAAUAUAAAAUAAAGCAAAUUCAUUUUUUUUAUUGUGUUCCCUUUACAGGGAACAGGGUUACAGCAAAGUAACCCGAGACGUUUUGUAUCGAGUCACUGGCAGCAAAUUUGAACAAGGAAAGAAGUGUUAAGUUUUGCUGCUCACAAAAUCUUUUUAGUUAUAAACU